CAAGCCGAAGACGCCGGAGCAUGAAGGUUUCGUCCGAGACAUCCUUUCUUCCGUCGACGAUUCCACCACCCAGAUUUCGCAAGUUGGUACUGGUGCAGUCGCUCAAGAUGCCAUCGUUCAGACCAACUUCUCAACCAACAUGACAGAAGACAAGCCGAAGACGCCGGAGCAUGGCUGAAGAGGCCAUUGUAAAGUUCUAUACCAAGGUCGCCCACCUCCUUAUCGGUUUUGUCCGAAACGUGAUUUCCCAAAUCUUUUUGAAGGCGUUCCUUCUUCUUCUUCCCCAUCCUCGUCUUGUGGUUGAUGGACUGGCAGGUGUCCUUUGGUUGUAUUGGUCUCUCCACAAGGCAGGUCCCAAGACCCUCCCCGAAGUCACCGAGCGUCGCGACAAGACCCCGAAACUCAAGGCAAGCAGCCUCGUCGAGGGGCCUACAACCGUAGAUGAUGAGGAGGGCGUCAACCAGGGCUUGCCAGCUGCAGAGUGGACCAGCCCGUAUGUGAUGUACCCUACCCGUAUCUAAAGUCGUGCCCUCCAUCCGCUGCGUGUUCUACAAUGUUAUGUUCCGAUUCGAUUCAGCCGCAUCAUUGUCUCUUCGAUUCUAACACGAGCGGAUUCUACGUUUGAACUAAUGGACCGAGUCGAUCGAAUCACUCUCCUCGUCCAAUUCACUAAUUAUAACAUCC